GUGCUCGCUCGAUACACCCCAUUUCUCGGUCAGUGUGCGUCGUGUUCGCGACACCCCCUCACUAGACAACAAUGACGCAAGUCAACACAGCCAACAUGGGGAGCCCCCCGAAGGCCAAGGAGGAAGCCAUUGCGAAGAUGCUGGAGAACACCGACAGCGAAAUCGUCUGCGAGAACGGCCAGAGGAAGUACGGGCCGAAGAAGGGCCAUGAGGGGCUCGUGCCGGCUAAGGGCAGCGAGGUCUUCGUCGGCAAGUUGCCGAGGGAUGUCUUCGAAGACGAGCUGGUGCCGCUGUUCGAGAAGAUAGGCCCCAUCUAUGAGAUGAGGUUGAUGAUGGACAGCGGGUCGAGCAACAGGGGGUUCGCCUUCGUCAUGUACACGAACCCCGACGACGCGAAGAAGGCCAUCGACGAGCUAGACAACUACGAGAUGCGGAAGGGGCGCUUCCUGGGGGUGUGCAAGUCGGUGGACAACUGCAGGCUCUUCGUCGGGGGCAUCCCCAAGACGAAGACCAAGGAGGACAUCCUGGAGGAGAUGAGGAAGGUCACGGACUGCGUCUCCCAGGUCAUCCUCUACAGCAGCAUUGCUGACAAGACGAAGAAUCGGGGAUUCGCUUUCGUGGAAUACGAGAACCACAAGGCGGCGGCGGUCGCCAGGAGGAAGCUGAUCCCGGGGAAGAUACCCCUGUGGGGCCAUGACAUCGCUGUCGACUGGGCAGAGCCGGAACCGGAAGUGGACGAGGAAACCAUGUCCAAGGUAACUAUUUUAUACGUAAGAAAUUUGAUGAUGAACACGACAGAAGAAAAAAUCAAAGACGUAUUUUCACUCGACAACAAACUGAAAGUAGACAAAGUGAAAAAGCUCCGAGACUUCGCUUUUGUUCACUACAGAACGAGAGAAGAUGCCGAAACAGCCUUAGACACAUUAAAAAAUGUUGAAAUAGACGGCAGCACUGUAGAGGUGACUUGGGCCAAGCCGGUCGACAAAAUCUCACGGCCCAGGUGUCAUUCCCGUCCAAACCAACCCAUGCCACCGAUGGGAACUUUCCUGUACGGCCCACACGGGUUUGAACCAUACUCUGGGCCCAUACCUUUCCCUAACUGUCCGGGAAGGGGAGGAAUGCUUCCCAGGGUAGCGCCAUUCAGGAACAAGCCCAGAGGUGCCGCAGGAAUUCGACGCUUUCGAAGCUACGGACCAAACACAAAUCAACUCGGGCACUUCAAACCACCUGAAGGCGGUCAUCCAGCACACUCAUCUCAUUAUUCCGGUUACCAAUCAAACAAAAUGUCCAGAUCUCCGGACAAGGGGGACCAGUACGAGCCCGGAUUUGUACUAAUGCCUCUUCCACCAAGUGCCGACGGUCUGGACCCCUCGAUGCCUGUUCCCACAGCGCCCAUCCUCUCCCACGGGCCACAUUCAAGGCUAGGACACCCCGGAUUCUUAUAUCCUCCCCCAGGCUAUGACGAAGUGUCCUAUUAUGCAUACCUGCCCCCUGGAUCGGUGCCAAGCUACUGAUUAAAAAGCCAAGAAUCGUGACAAGCGAAAGAAAUGCAUUUGGCUUGACCAGGGAGAGGAACUUAUUUCCCUUGACAUUUUUUACUGUUUGCUCUGUACUGAAAGUGUUUUUUUUUUCUUUAUAGUUGUUGUUCUCAGUGCGGCUUUUUCGCGCUGAAUUGUUUAUUUAUCGCAUGUUCGUCGACGCAAAAGAAACGGUGAAGAACUGGAAUGUGCACACCUUGCAUGCAAGUAUUAAAACCGUAUUAAACCCCAAAAUACUAAUUUAUUGUGUUAUUGUGUAUUUGUUGCUGUCUGAUAACUGCAGCCUGAUGGCAAAACAUCGGGAAUAUUUGAAUACCUGAGAAUCGGGGUACUUCUUUUAAAUAUCGCCAACUGC